AAAUCAGACGAAGCCAUUGUCACCCGGUGUGAAUCUGCACGUUGCUUGGACAGGACAACUCCUUCUUUCAACGUCUUUUUGUCCAGUGUUUCCAUUUACUCAAGUCAUUCGUAAUUUUUUUUCAGUAAAAUGGCGAUGCACGUACCAAAACCCCCCGGUUUCCAGCAGAUGAUGAAGGAGGGGUCGCGGAUGUUUCAAGGUUUAGAAGAAGCAGUUAUCAGGAACAUUGGAGCCUGCAAGCAGUUAGCGGAAACUGUACAGACAGCAUAUGGCCCUAUCGGGAUGAACAAAAUGGUAAUUAAUCACCUGGGAAAACUAUUCGUGACAAAUGACGCAGCCACUAUCAUCAGGGAACUUGAAGUUGAGCACCCUGCUGCCAAGAUGUUGAUCCUUGGCUCACAAAUGCAAGAGCAAGAAGUCGGUGAUGGAACCAACUUUGUCAUUAUCUUUGCUGGUGCCUUGUUGGAGCAGGCUGAAGCUCUCAUUCGCAUGGGUCUAACCCCUAAUGAAAUCGCUGAAGGCUACGAGAAGGCUUUGGAGAAGGCUCUUGAAAUUCUGCCUGAUUUGGUUUGCCAAAAUGUUGUGGAUGUCCAAGACUCGGACGUUAUUACCAAAGCCAUUAAAGCUGCUAUUAUGUCCAAGCAGUAUGGUAACGAGUCAUUCUUGACUCCUCUGAUCACAGAAGCUUGUGUGUCUAUCUUGCCGGACAAGAAAACAACCUUCAACGUCGACAACGUACGUGUUUCAAAAAUUCUUGGUGGCAGUUUGUACCAAUCGCAAGUCGUUCAAGGGAUGGUCUUUAAGCGCCAAGUUGAAGGUGACAUCACGCGAGCUGAAAAAGCCAAAAUCGCGGUCUACACUUGUCCCAUUGAUUCGGUACAAACGGAGACAAAGGGAACCGUUUUGAUCCAGUCUUCAAAGGAGUUGAUUGAUUUCUCACGCGGCGAGGAGAAUAUGCUCGAAAAGGAGAUUGCGGCCAUCGCUGCUACCGGUGUCAAAGUCAUCGUCUCUGGUGGCAAAAUUGGCGAUCUCUGUCUGCAUUACCUCAACAAGUACGGCAUUAUGGGUGUCCGUCUCCAGUCCAAAUUUGAUCUGCGCCGUCUGUGCAAGUCCAUCAACGCGACAGCUCUUCCCCGAUUGACUCCACCAUCAGCCGAGGAGAUGGGCUACGCCGACAACAUCUACACUGACGAGUUUGGAGAUACCGCUGUGGUCAUCUUCCGUCAAGACGAGAAGGAAUCCAAGAUCGCCACGAUCAUCGUCCGCGGUGCUACCGACAACUACUUGGACGACAUCGAGCGAGCCAUCGACGACGGCAUCAACAAUUUCAAAGUGCUGUCGAGAGAUGGUCGUCUGGUGCCCGGAGCCGGAGCUGUCGAAGUCGAAUUGGCUCGUCAAAUCAAUCAGUUUGCAGACAAGUGUCCCGGAUUGGACCAAUACGCCAUUCAGAGGUUCGCCCAAGCUUUAGAGACGUUCCCGCGCAUUUUGUCUGACAAUGCUGGACUGAAGUCGACCGAGACUGUGGCCGAUUUGCUGGCCGCUCACCAAGAAGGCAAAGCUAAUACUGGAAUUUGCGUUGACGAUCAAGGAGGACUGAUUGAUGCUGUUGAAGUUGGCGUUGUCGAUUUGUUUGCGGCCAAAUACUGGGGCAUGAAGUACGCGACGGCAGCUUGCACGGUUCUUCGCGUUGACCAGAUCAUCAUGGCGAAGCGGGCGGGCGGGCCGAAACCACGUGACGCUGGCGCACAAGAUGCUGAUGAUGAUUAGAACGCUGUUUGAGCACUACGCUUUUUGUUCUUUCUCGCAUUCGCUGAGUUCCACAGUUGCAUUGCAAGAUGCUAUCUCUUUGACACUAACCCCAUUUUUUGUCCAGCUUUGUUCGCGUAAGUACAUUCAUCAAAACUA